UUUAGAAAGUAGGAUGGAAACAAACAAAGUGAGCUUCUGCUAGAGAGGAACAUCUAGGAAUGUUUACAGCUAUUUAGUGCAUGAAUUUUGCCCAGGACAUCUGAACUCCGGUACUCAGCUACAUGCAACUUGCUCUCCUCACCAAGAGCAAUUGAUGAGCUGGAACGACCCAUAACAAUCUUACACAUGUCGUUGGAAAUGGAUCAGAAAGUUAACAAGCUUACAUUUGGGUGUCAGCGAAGUUCCACCUCAGAUGAUGACUCUGGUUGCGCCAUGGAAGAAUACACGUGGGUUCCACCAGGUCUUCGGCCCGAACAGGUCCAGUUAUACUUCGCUUGCCUGCCUGAAGAGAAGAUUCCCUAUGUAAACAGCAUUGGUGAGAAGUAUAGGAUCAAGCAACUCUUGUACCAACUUCCUCCACAUGACAAUGAGGUGCGAUAUUGUCAGUCGUUGUGUGAAGAAGAGAAGAAGGAGUUACAGAUGUUUAGUGGACAACGCAAAAAGGAGGCUCUUGGCAGAGGAAAUAUUAAAAUGUUGUCACGGGCUGUGAUGCAUGCUAUGUGUGAAAAGUGCGGAGAGAAGAUUAAUGGAGGUGAAAUUGCAAUUUUUGUUUCAAGAGCUGGCCCGGGGGUGUGCUGGCACCCAUCAUGCUUUGUUUGUUCCACAUGUAACGAGCUACUUGUUGAUCUAAUCUACUUCUACCAAGAUGGAAAAAUACACUGUGGAAGGCACCAUGCUGAACUACUUAAGCCAAGAUGCUCAGCUUGUGAUGAGAUAAUAUUUGCAGAUGAAUGCACUGAAGCUGAAGGUCGCCACUGGCACAUGAACCAUUUCUGUUGCUACGAGUGUGAAACGGUGCUGGGGGGACAGAGAUACAUCAUGAAAGAUGGUCGCCCAUUCUGCUGCGGUUGCUUUGAAUCUCAUUACGCAGAGUACUGUGAAUCCUGCGGAGACCAUAUAGGAGUGGAUCACGCACAAAUGACCUACGAUGGGCAACACUGGCAUGCUACAGAGACAUGUUUUUCUUGCGCCCAGUGUAAAGUUUCUCUUUUGGGUUGCCCUUUCUUGCCCAAAAAGGGGCGGAUUUAUUGUUCCAAGGCAUGCAGUUUGGGAGAGGAUGUGCAUGCAUCUGACUCUUCUGACUCUGCCUUUCAAUCUGCAAGAUCGAGAGAAUCCAGAAGAAGUGUACGGAUGGGCAAAAGUAGUAGAUCUGCAGACCAGUGUAGACAAUCUCUGCUAUUGUCUCCUGCUUUAAAUUACAAGUUCCCAGGAAUGUCUGGCAAUGCUGACGAUACUCUGUCUAGGAAGAUGGAUGAUCUCGGUAUAUCAAGGCAGGGAGCAGGUUUUGAUAAUGACUUCUGGAAAGCAAGAGAUGAGCAGGAGACUCCAGAGGACCAUGAAGAAUGGGCUGAACAUGAUGAUUACAUGACUCAGUUGCUUCUUAAAUUUGGAGAAAAGGGUCUGUUUCAGCAGCCACCUGAGGAUAACAGAUCUACUGAGCACUGGAUGUCUGAGAAUAUCAAAGGCAAAAAUGAUUUACAAAGAAACAACCGUAAUAAAAGCUUAGCUAGUAAAAAAUAUCAGAGUGAUAUGUACUGGACCCAGUCCCAGGAUGGACUUGGAGAUUCUGCAUAUGGUAGCCAUCCUGGCCCCGCUAGCAGCCGAAAAUUACAAGAACUGGAUAUGGAUCAUGGAGCUUCUGCUUACAUGCAUGAGAAAAUGCCAUGGUAUAAACGUUCAUUGGAAUGUUUGUCAGAUAAUCUGAAACCUCAGAAUGAGAACAUCCGUGACUCUAUGGAUUCCUUAGCACUGUCUAAUAUAACAGGAGCAUCUGUGGAUGGAGAAAACAAGUCCCGACCUUCACUAUUUUGCUACCAGAAUUUUCAAGACUUGAACACCAGGGAUUGUGAGAAAAUGAGCAAUAUGGGAACUCUUAAUUCAUCCAUGCUGAACAGAAGCACAGAGUCUCUGAAGAGUUUAACUUCUGAGAUUUGCCAGGAAAAGCCACCUCCAGAGGAAAAGCCAAUGCACACGUCUGCGCUCAGGAGGUCUAAAUCCCAAACAAGACCUCAGGUCAAAUUUUCAGAUGAUGUCAUUGAUAAUGGAGACUAUGGCAGCAUAGAAAUCCGUCAGCCGCCCAUGAGCGAAAGGAGUCGGAGAAGAGUUUACAACUUUGAAGAGCGAAGCCAAAGGCCUCAUCAUCACCGGCGACGGAAAAGCAGGAAAUCACGUUCUGAAAAUGCACUUCAUCUUGCGACAGAUAGCAAGCCGUCUGGAAAAGAAAGAAACCGAUUUUACACAGCAGAGGAUUACGAGAGACUUUUUCAUAAUAAAUCUGCUCAUCAGGUUCAGGCGUAUAUUCAGAACGCUGACCUCUUUGGACAAUAUUCAAAUGCUGCUUCUAAUGUUGGACUGCCCAGCAAAGUUGCAGGUAAAUUCCUUGGGUUAUAUGGUGAAGAUGAAGAUUCUUGGUGCUCAACCUGUUCCUCGUCCUCUUCGGAUUCUGAAGAGGAGGGCUAUUUCCUUGGCCAGCCUAUUCCUAAGCCCCGGCCGCAGAGAUAUCAGUAUUUUUCCGAUGACUUGUGUAGUCCAACAAAUGCGCUAUCCAGUUCUCAGUUUAGUCAAAGGACCACUAAAUCCAAGAAGAAAAAGGGGCACAAAGGCAAAAACUGCAUUAUUUCCUAAGACUUAUGUUUGCCGGAUCAUUCCUGUGAAAACUGUAUUUACAUCAUCAGCCCAAAACAGAACAAACAAAAAAAAGUUUCUUCUUGUACUUUAUCCAUUUGUGAAAUGCGUCGCCAAUGUGCCAAACAAAUCGUGUUUACAAUGAAAGAUUUCCCCAUUGCUGGUUUAGCAGAUUUAAGGAGUGGGUCGCAGGUUUACAUUAAGGUUUGAUGUUUUAUUUCAUAGGGCACAAUGCUGUCGUUGAAUAUUAGUCUUGCUAGAAUACGCUUUCCAUUUUAACUGUGCACAAUGUGUCACCAUGUUGACUCAAACAAUGAAUUCCUUAAUUGCCUUUCCUUUUCUUUUAUAUUGUUCUAGUGUUUAUAAUUCAACGUCUGAAUUUACACAUCAGUGUGGUUUAUUUUCCCAUGAUUUGUAUUAAUUUGCUUGGUAUAUUGGACUGAUUUCAGUAUGCAUUGUCAGCUAUCGAUUUUAAAUCUCUUAAACACCUACUGUAGACUUGUCUAGCUCCCAGCCCACUCACUCUCCAUCAGUGGAAUAAAUGGAAUCACAUAGAACAGAUACAUUUAUUCUGAUAACCAAGCCUUGAACUGGCAAUGCUGAGUCAAGCAGGAUUCUUUAUCUGCAGAAUAAGUCCCCCAGGUGAUGUGGAAGGUUCCGUUUCCUUUGUGACGCCCCCAGAUCUCUCCAAAUUGUCAGUUUUUACACACAGUCGACUAAACAGUUGUGAUUCUCCAUUGUGGCCCUUAUAUACCCUACUGUAGGAUAUUGGGGAGAUUAAGAUGCAUCUAACAACAGGAAGGGUGUCACUGUUUCCUGCUUGGCCUGUUGCUAUGCACAUGCUGUUGGUAAACGUUGAGGUCAAUGGCACACAGGAUGAUUCGGAGCAUUUUGUCCCCGCCCACUAAUCACUGCAGGAACAAACCACUUGGAAUCUGCCCUUGUGCCAUUGCCUUAAUCAUCUUUGCAUAUAGUAUUUCCCAGAGAACCUUUACACCAAGCUAAACGUAGUAUAUAUAUCGCUGCAAGUUAUUUAUAAUGUAGCCUUUAAAUAAAUCCAGCUCUAAUUUAAUUGUGCAAAUAAUAAUUGUAUAUAUUGUAUAUGUUAAAUGCAGAAUCUGUUAUUUUUAUAUUGUGCAUCUAGAAGAGAUCACUGACAAAAGGCCUCUCCGCUGGGUUAAAUUUCUCUUUGCUGUUUUUUUUUUUUAAUGUUUUUACAUUAAGCUGUCACAUUUCUGCAGUAUUUGAUUAUCAAGAAUAUGUUCCCUUGUUCCUGCUUGUAUUAUUCUGGAGAGGCACUGGUGUAAAUACAAAAUCCCACAAGGUAUAUCUCCAGGUUAAUUUAUGGCUCAAUAUAACAGAAAAAAAAUGUAAUUGGAUGAACCAUAGUCCUAGCUUUAUCUCUUUUAACUCUUCUGUUUAGGUGACUCAUGCAUUUGUAUCGUUGCAGUCAGUUCUCUGAAUUAAAAUAAAAACAAUUUACCGUGCUUUUGA